UCCGCGCCCUUCCCCCACUCCUCCAACCACCUUCGCGUAAACAAAACUGUCCCCCUGGGCGGGGAGAGGUCUCGCUCUUUCGCGCCCUCCCUUGCAAGGGGUUAAUUUUCCGAUCGCAUGAGGGGGAGGAGAUUUCCCCGUAGACGAGUAAAAAGCGUGAUGGACAAACGUGCGGGCACUAAGACCGCAAGGCAUUCAUUUCCUCCUACGGUGGAUGCGGACGCCGGGAGGAGGAGAGCCCCAGAGCGAGGACCCGGGAGCCGUGGCACAGGCAAUGCUCAACCCUGGAUGUAGCUAGAACACGUAGCGACUCCGAAGAUCAGCCCCAAUGAACAUGUCAGUGUUGACUUUACAAGAAUAUGAAUUCGAAAAGCAGUUCAACGAGAAUGAAGCGAUCCAAUGGAUGCAGGAAAACUGGAAGAAAUCUUUCCUGUUUUCUGCUCUGUAUGCUGCCUUUAUAUUUGGUGGUCGGCACCUAAUGAACAAACGGGCGAAGUUUGAACUGAGGAAGCCAUUAGUGCUCUGGUCUCUGACCCUUGCAGUCUUCAGUAUAUUCGGUGCUCUUCGAACUGGUGCUUACAUGGUGUACAUUUUGAUGACCAAAGGCCUGAAGCAGUCAGUUUGUGACCAGAGCUUUUACAAUGGACCCGUCAGCAAAUUCUGGGCUUAUGCAUUUGUGCUAAGCAAAGCACCCGAACUAGGAGACACAAUAUUCAUCAUUCUGAGGAAGCAGAAGCUGAUCUUCCUGCACUGGUACCACCACAUCACUGUGCUCCUGUACUCUUGGUACUCCUACAAAGACAUGAUUGCCGGGGGUGGUUGGUUCAUGACUAUGAACUAUGGCGUGCACGCCGUGAUGUACUCUUACUAUGCCUUGCGGGCCGCGGGUUUCCGAGUCUCCCGGAAGUUUGCCAUGUUCAUCACCUUGUCCCAGAUCACUCAGAUGCUGAUGGGCUGUGUCAUUAACUACCUGGUCUUCUACUGGAUGCAGCAAGACCAGUGUCACUCUCACUUUCAGAACAUCUUCUGGUCCUCACUCAUGUACCUCAGCUACCUUGUGCUCUUCUGCCAUUUCUUCUUUGAGGCCUACAUUGGCAAAGUGAAGAAAACAAUGAAGGCUGAAUAGUGUUGGAACUGAGGAGGAAGCCAUAGCUCAGGGUCAUCAAGAAAAAUAACAGACAAAAGAAAAUGGCACAAGGAAUCACAUAUGGUGCAGCUAAAACAUACGAGCAGACACAAAACCCGAGGCAGCUUAGGGAUAAUUAGGUUGACUUAACCCAGUAAGUUUAUGAUCCUUUUUGGGUGAGGACUCACUGAGUGCACCUCCAUCUCAAAGCAUUGCUGCUGGAAGACCCCAAUCCCUCUUAUCUGUCAACUCUAGGACAAAUGAGAACAACAGUGAGCCAGAGGCAGAGAGACUAAUAGAAAGCAAGCAAAGGUUAUUAACACUAAAUGAGAAAAAAAAAAAAGUAUUUACUAAGUGUUAUCUUUCUCUAAGGAUGAAACGAAUUUUACUUUAAAAACUGUGCGAGCACAUAUA